GGCGUGAAAUAAGUAACACACAUUUUUGAAACGCUGUUUAUUUUAUUUUUAAUUAUAAUAGAAAGUUUAAAGUAUAUCUACUUAUUUUCACUAUAUUAUGUCCCAGUGACUUCAAAUACGUACCAGCUAAUGUAAUCCUCGUGAUAAUUUAUUUAUAUUUCAUAACCACAAAAUUUUACACAAGUGUUCGCGAUAUUGAUACAAGAUGGAUUCUUUGAAACAGUCUUUUUCUGCUAUGUCGGAUAUGUUCUACACGAAGAUGGACGAAUUCCAGCAGGAAUUACAAAAGAACACUGCUUCGAAGACGGCCGUGACCACCUCAUCGAUAGCCGCGGACUUUGCUUCUUUCAAAAUAUUUAUUGUAUCCACAUUGAAAACGCUGCAGCAGCAAGUUGAAUUCCUUCGGAUGGAAAUGGAUCGCCAAGAGAUGCGACAAAGGCGGAAGAUGCUGCUCUUGCACGGAAUUUCUGAAGCGAAGGCGGAGAAUUUAACUGCACGUGUCACAUCGAUAUUUGCUCAACACUUGGAUCUCCCAAAUUUUUCAAGUUCCAGCAUAAAAACAAGUUAUCGGUUUGGACGUUCUUCAGGUGGCAAACCCAGGCCUAUUGUUGUUAAGUUCACAGACACAACAGUACGCAAUAAGGUAUGGUUUGCUAAAACUAAAUUCAAGGGCACUGGUUUCACACAGUCGGAGUUUUUAACAAAGUCGCGCCACGACACUUUCUUAGAGGCUCGAAAGCGUUUCGGUGUCACAAACUGCUGGACGCGUGAUGGAUGCAUAUUUAUCGUCGGCUCGGACGGCGUCCGUCACCGAGUAGAACCUUGAGCGAACUUGAAUUAAUUCCUGAUGUUUCGUCAGCGGCGGCGGCGGUAGCGGCGACGCGGGCGGUGGAGUCGCCGAACUCCGGUGUUGUAUUAAAUAGUCCAGUUGCUAAAUUGCCCGUUUCUCGUACAGUUAGACGAGUGGUUAGGAAGUAGAAAUUCAAUUCUUGUUUAUUUAGGUACUUAUGACUAGACUUCACAACAUUUUAUUUUUUCUUUUAUUUUAAAAUUAUACCCUCAAAAUUGUAUCAAUAAUCUGUACUUUCAAUUGUCAAUUUUUCAUGAACUGUCAAAAGUGACGUGUAUCAAGCGUUGACAAUUUAAACAGUGAUGCCAACUGUGAAUAGCCACAGGGCCACAGGUUAUUUAUUAGUUACGUUUUACUUUAUUAUCUGUCAAAUAAAUCCGGUAUCUGUUUAUAUUAGUAACCAGAGACAACAAUUAGAACUUAUAUUGUUAACUUUAAGGCAAAUUGCUUUGUGUUCGGAUUUUCACUAUUAAGUAAUCCUGAAUUAUUGUCAUGUAUUUUCUUUUAAGUUAUUUUUGAUG